GCCUCUCAUUGGUCACUGUUUUUUUUGUUAAUAAUUCGUGAAUGAUGCCUCGGAAAAAAUUCUUGUGAAGGAAAAAGUUAUUUCGAAUGAUCUCAGGAACUCCUCAUUUCCCGAAAUGGAAUUUUUAAUACGCAUAAUGCGCAUCAAUGGAAACAUGAAAAUCCAUACAGUAUUCCAGAAAGGGUAUAUAAAUACCAAUGCAAGUGUAAAUGGACAAUCUUUUCUUCUGCAAGAAUUUGAACCAGAACUUAUAGCAGAAUGUUACAGCGAAACUUAAAAAGGAUUCUAUUUCCUAACGGGUUGAUUGAUUCAGAAAAUGAUUCAGAUAAUGAAAAUCAAAAUAAUUUUACUCUACAAAAAAAAAGAAGAACAAUAUGCAGUACCUCAGAAUCAGAAGCAGAGACGAUUGAAGAAGAUAAUGACAGUUACUGCGAUAUAUGGACAUCAAAAACUUUUAUCCCUAAAAUACAUGAAUUUACAUCAGAAGAUUCAGGAAUUAAAGGAAACAUUAGUAGAUCAGCAAAAAUCUUAGAUUACUUUCAACUUUUUGUCUCUGAAGAGUUUGUACAAUUGAUUGCAAAUGAAACAAAUGAGUAUUGGUCUCGAAAAAAUAAUAACAUAAACAAUAUAGAAGGAACAGUAUUAGCCGAACUAUACUGUUUUUUUGCUGUGUCAUUUCUAAUGUCACGCAACAAGAAGUUAUCAUUAGCAGAGUACUGGAGUAAAGACGAACUUCUGCGUAGCAAUAUUUUUGGAGAAAUAAUAACUAGAGACCGCUAUUUUAAAUUAUUAGGGAUGCUACAGUUCACCCAUGAUCUUGGUCCUACUAAUGAUCGUUUGUACAAAAUACGGAACAUCAUUGAUAUGUUAAGAAAGACAUUUAGUCAAUCAUUUCAACCUUACCAACGGCUACGUAUUAACGAAAGUUUACUUUUAUAUAAAGGGCGGUUGUCUUUUAAAAAGUACAUCCUGUCAAAAAGAAAUAGAUUUGGUAUAAAAUCCUUUAUUCUCAGUGAUUGUCAGACAGGAUUUGUACAGGAUUUAAUUGUUUAUGCUGGAUCAUCUACCAUGCUGAGUAGUGGAAAUAAGGAUACUGGUAAAUCGGGAGCAAUAGUUGAAGCACUUAUGAAGCCCUACCUAGGAAAGGGCCAUACCCUUUAUGUAGAUGAUUGGUAUUCGAGUCCAGCUUUAUUUAGUUUACUACAUAAUAAUUGUACAAAUGCGUGUGGGACCGUAAGAAAAAGGCGGAAAGGAAUGCCAAAGAUUGAUGAUAGAUUAAAAAGAGGAGAGGCAACCUCUCGUUCAUCCAAUAAUUUAUUAGUUAUAAAGUGGGUAGGUAAAAAAGAAGUAUACAUGCUCUCUACCAUGCAUACAUCAAAAUUUGAAAUGGCAGUCAGGCACGGAGGAAAAAGAGUUAUUCAAAAACCUGUGUGCAUAUUAGAUUAUAAUAACUCAAUGGGUACAGUGGAUAAAGCUGACAUGGUUAUAAGCACUGUUAACUCUACACGCAAAUCUUUAAAAUGGUAUCGCAAAUUUUUCUUUCAUUUGUUAGACAUAUGCGUGUGGAAUGCUUAUUGUCUUUAUAAACACAAAAUGAAAGAACCAAUAUCUAUGGCAAAAUUUCAGUUGCAAUUAAUUAGGGAAAUACUGGAAAAGUAUCAUCAAAGUGCAAAUCACCAAUGUCGAACAGGAAAUAAUCAUCCACUGAGACUAACAGAAAGACAUUUUCCAUCGGUUUAUGUAUCGAUAGGGAAAAACCGAAGUAGAAGGUGCGUUGUUUGCAGUGCAAACGACAAAAGACGUGAAUCUAAGUAUGAAUGUAAAAGCUGUAAUGUGGGUUUGUGUGUCGAUCCUUGUUUUAAAAUUUAUCAUUCUGAAUUAAAUUACUAAAAAUUUUAAUUGAAUAUAUCAAUUACCUUAAAUUGUAUUUUUAUUUAUAAUAAUUGCAAAAUCUCCAAAUAUGUAACACUGUAAUGCAACACUUAAAGGAGUGUAAAUACCGGUGAAUUACAAGGUGGCGUUUAAAGAUGUAAGUGCGAACACCAGUCUACAAAAAGGUCUUGGACCCUUAUAAGUUACAUUCAAAGAUAACAUGUCCGAUGGUUGAAUUCAAUUUGUACCAAUUGUAUUGUAUAUUAUUAUAUAAUUGUAUUUACACUGCAUACACUGCAGUAGAUACUACUCCUUCUGUAGUAGUAUUUGAUGUUAUCACAUUUGGUUCAGUUGUAGAAAACGGAACAGUUGAAUUUGUUGUUGUCACCAUGGUUAUAGGCACUACAAUUGUUGGUGAUUUUUUCUGUAAAUAAAGAACUGCUGUUGUUGCUUUCUGUAAACUAUCAA